GUGAUCACCAUUGACACCAGGUUCAACUUCAAUGGAAUCCACCAUGCCCAAACGCCAAGAGCUUGACGAUGACGAUGGUCUAUAUGAGAGCUCGAAAAGUCGAUCUCCCGAGAAGGCCAUGGAAGAGAUACGUAAGCAAGACACUCAUGAUCUAUAUUGCCCUAAGUGUACUUGUAACAUCACCAAAACUGCUCAACUCGUUGAAAAAGGAGAUGAUUUUUCUCCCGACAAUCAAAAACCUUUCGUGCUUUGGAUUCCUAUCUUCACCCCCUUCAAGUUCCUUUCAAGUUCUCCCAUAGGAUCAGUCGAAAGCAACCCAUCGAGUCCUAAUCACAGUGUAAUACCAGUCGAAAGCAAUCCAUCUUAUCCCAAUCCCAGUCCCAGAGGACCAGAUGAAAGCAACUCAUCUCAACCUGAUUCCAGUGAACCAGUCCACAACAUCUCAUCUAAUUCUAACUCCAAUGGUCGACCAGUCGAUGAAAACUCAUCUAAUCCUUAUUCCAGUGGAUCAGGCAACAUCAACUCAUCUAAUCCUAGUCUCAGCCAUUUAGUGUCUGAGCAACAUGGACGUGGGAAAACUUGUGAUGUUGGAUGGCUAGUUCAUCGUCCAAUUUAAACGCCCAGCAACUAGACAGCGAAUUGAUUAUCCUCUCUUUUCACCCCCUAAAAUGAACGAUUUUUUUUUUG